GUAUGGCAAGUUCUCGCCUACGCCCAACGCACGGAGGAGCUACUUCGAGGCCAUCGCACUCGAGGCCAUGGUGGGCCAGUUGCCGUGGGCUACAGUGUUUACCCUUCGCAGGCAGAAAAAUCUUCUGAAGUUCGGCGAUUCUCCUUCGGCGGUGUCACCGGUCUGCCGUAUCGCAGGGUUUCGUCCGAAGCAGUGCUACCUGGACGAAGGUGGUCAGCUGCAGUACCUGGCAG